CCGCUCGGGUCAGCAACUCCGUUCGCAGACUCAGGGCGACCGAGUAGUGUUUCGUGCGCGCGCCGCCCCGGUGCGUCGUCGUACCAAUUCUUCUUCUUCUUCUUCUUCUUAACUCUUCCGCGACUUGUUCCAACCGGCUUUUAACGAUACUUUUUUUAUUUUUGACGUUUUUACACCGAUCCUGAGUAACAAUAAACCGAAUAUUUAUUACCACACGUCUCGUCUUACGUUUUUCCAAAUAUUUUGACUUAUCUGAUAUCACGAAAUUGAAUGAAAAUCGAAUAAAGUAUUCGACGCGAUUAUUGCCACAAUUUUUUCUAAUGAUUUCUCGAAACAUGUGAAAAAUCUUUGUUUACACUAAAAUUUCUCUGGCUCGUUUCGACCGGGUUUGCUAUAUAAUUUGCUUCGUUUGCUCAUCGAAAGUGACGUGUCUUCCCCCGAGUGCAAACACUUCUCGUCCGUUUACCGCCAACGAGAGCAAGAGUGACAUGAGACACUGGUGCCAAGAAUUUUCAUCCUAAUCACACACGACCAAGAAUUCUUGUGACGAGUCAACAAAGCAUUUUGAAAGCAUCGAGUUGACGCGCAUUGAGCACUCGCCUACGAGAAAAAUACUUGGAACCCUCGUAAUCCGACGUUGACGACGAAAAAAAUUGAUCGGGCCCGUUUAUUCUCCGUCCGGGAUGUUCAGAUAUCGAGGAACCGAUGAAAGCUGAAUUCUGAUGCUGUGAGCGGCCGCACACACGGGGAAGGAAGGGAAACGCCACGUGCACGGGAAACGAGCUCGUGGAACCGGAAGUCCAAGAUUCAUUUACGUAUUGGGAGACCGCGAGGGAAAGGACCGAGAGACAGAGGCAAAUAACUCGCAAGUGCAAUGGUCGUCGAAUGGCUGUGUCCGGGAUUGAGACCCACGGGAAAUCGAAGACCUCGUCAGCUUCAUUGCAAAGUCAUUUUGCUCGAUGAGCACGAACUCGUGCAAGACGUUCUGAGCUCGAAUCUCGGCCAAGAAUUGCUCGAUCGAGUUUUCAGGCAUCUCAACCUCCUCGAGACCGCGUAUUUCGGGCUCCGAUACCUCGAUCACGAGAAUCAAACGCAAUGGCUAGAUCCGAGCAAAAAAGUCAGCAAGCAGCUGAGAACGAGAAAAGGAGAGCCAACCUCGGACACUCACACCCUCUACUUCGGUGUGAAAUUUUAUGCUGCCGAUCCUUGCAAACUCAUAGAAGAAAUCACCAGGUAUCAGUUUUUCCUCCAAGUGAAACAGGACAUCGUGCAAGGCAGGCUUCCCGUGUCUUUCGAUCUGGCCGCCGAACUCGGAGCUUACGUUGUUCAAUCUGAACUCGGCGAUUAUGAUCCCCGGAGACAUUCUCUAGGAUACGUCACCGAAUUUCGUUUCCUCGCCAAUCAGACGGCGGAACUUGAAGCGCGGAUAGUCGAGCUACACAAAACUUUGGUUGGCCAACUGCCCUCGGCGGCUGAACUCAACUAUUUGGAUAAAGUCAAGUGGCUCGAGAUGUACGGAGUCGAUUUGCACCCCGUAUUGGGCGAGGAUAACGUCGAGUAUUAUUUGGGACUUACGCCGAGUGGUAUAAUACUGCUGAGGAACAAAACCAAAGUGGGCAAUUAUUACUGGCCUCGAAUAAAUAAAAUUUAUUACAAGGGAAGAUACUUUAUGCUUCGUGUGAGUGAAAAAAAUUCGGAAGAGAGGACUCACGGUUUCGAGACUCCGUCGAGGGGAGCUUGUCGGCACUUGUGGAAAUGUUGUCAAGAGCAUCAGGCCUUUUUUCGUUUAAUGUCAACGGGGCCACCGCCGUUGAGUCCGUAUGCGCGUUUCCGUUCUCACAGCCCGCCAACGAAUUCGGAAAAGCAUCAAGCGUCGAUUCGCCGAAAUCCACCGCCGGUUUUUCAACGCGCACCCAGUCGUCGUGCUCAGCGACGCGUCGUCGAAGGACAGGAAAUGAUCGGACCGUUCAUCGAGAAACCCCCGACGGAGCGCAAUCCGCCGACGAAUAUUAAUAAUUGCAGCAAUUCGACGAGACACGUUGUGAACAAUUCGAGCCCUCGGAGCACCCGGAGCGCCCCUUGGUCUCAGAGCCAACCUCGUGGACUUUACACUUCCUCGAGCCCGAGAUCCGUCAGGUCAGCUGGCACAGCACCCUCGUUGUUAAACAGACUUCAGAGAAGGAGCAGCUCAGUGGAGAGUCAGAGUUCGGGUGACAGCCACAGUCGGAGCGGUCAUCGUCGUCGGAGCCACAGUCACAGCCAUCGACGACAUAGUCGCCACUCGGACUGCGAGUCCGAGCUAUCUCGAGGCUCUCACGACACGAGAUCCGCUCACAGGAAACAUCGCAGGAAGCACAGAAGCUCACGCAAUUCCAGACACGAAUUGGUAGAUUCGGAGCCACAGUGGAGAGAAGCGCAGAAGCGAAAAGGCGAAGGCGUCCAAAGAGCGGUGGUGAGCCACACGGAACCGAGGAGAAGGCACAGGAGUCGCCACCGAAGCCCGUCUUCUCAGAAACAAUCGUUGCCGGAUGAACUUAGAAAACAUUUGGAGUUUGGUCUGAUCGACACAACGGGAAUGAGCGAACAACAGAGACGUGAAAUACCGUACACAAUCGUUCAGUCGCAGUCGGUACCUCAAUGUCUUCUACACACGAGUAAUUCUCGUUUGGAAGAAACCGAGGCAACUUUACCGCCUAGAAAUGUUGGAUCCAUUGGGAAAAGAGGUAGACGAGAUACUCGUCGUAAUUGCGACGAGAUGAUUUAUAACUUUCCAAACGCGAGAUCAUCGCGUAACGAACCAAAGUAUCCCAUGGAUAGGGGUGAUUAUAAUCCAAGACGAGAAGUGGAUUAUGCGAAGAGUACCAUCGGAUCACGUAAUGGAAGAAUUUUGAUAGGGAGUAACGUGGACAGCGGAUUAGGCGAGAGUACACCACAAGAUUUCUCGAGUUGUUGCUCGAGUUCGGCCGAUAGUUCUGCAAGACCAUCGCGUCCUACGCAAAUGCAAUUAGCGGGAGAUGGGCGCUAUGAUCUGUCCUCAAAUCAAGAAAUGUACUCUCCUGUCGAUGCUACUCUGGACGCGGUUCUUCAACCCAUUAUAUCAACGCUGACUCGAAGACCACGGAAUCGACCAAAAUAAGUACUGUACUGUAAUCCCCGAAAUAUAAUAAGUAAAUAUAAAUAUAUAUCUAUAUGUACGGGAAACAAAAAAUUAUGCACAUAAUGUAUAGUCGAAUGAAACUCUUGUUUAUACGUCAAACGAAUAUAAAUAAACUAUAAUCCUACUAGUCACAGGAUAGAUUAAUGAAAAAAUGAAUAAAAAAGAUAACAAUUUGAGCUCUGAA